CAGGACACAGGCCUAAUAGGUGUAUACUUUGUCACCGAAGAGAAUGCGUCGGAAUCCCUGGUGGAUGCCAUUGUGGACGAGUGGCGUUGGCUAGCUAAUGAAGUCGAUGCGGAGACUGUUGAUCGAGGCAAGCAAACAUUGCUUACCAAUUUACUCUUGAUGUUAGAUGGAUCCACUCCAAUCUGCGAAGAUAUUGGUCGACAGCUGUUAUGCUAUGGUCGUAGGAUUCCUGUUCCGGAGUUGGAGCUACGAAUAAAGGUAAACAAGAGCUGUCAGCGAAAGUCCACAGAUCUUUGUAAUUGA